AUGUCGAUUAUGUCUCAUUUAUUAUCAAUUAGAACAUCGACUUAUAUCACAAGAAAUAUUUUUCGAUUAACACAAAAUCGUUUAUUAUCAUCAACAUUACCAUCAUCUAGUAAAACAGAAACACCAGCUAAUAUUCUACCAAAUCAAAUACCAUCAUCCGAAAAGAAGAAAACAAAAUAUAAUAUUUCAUGGAAAACUGUAUCUGUAACUAUCUUCGGUGCUGCAUCAUUAAUUGGUUUCAUUUAUUAUCUUGAUCAAAAUAAAGCAAAAAAACGUAAAGUACUUCAACGUGCAGCAGUAGGUAAAAUGGCUAUUGGUGGUCCAUUUUCGUUGAUAACACAUGAAAAAAAACCAGUUACCGAUAAAGAUUUUCAUGGUCAAUGGAUAUUAAUUUAUUUCGGUUUUACUCAUUGUCCUGAUAUAUGUCCAGAAGAAUUAGAAAAAUUAGCUGAAGUAACUGAACUUCUUCAUAAACAAAAAAAUAAACAAAAUUAUCCAUUUCAACCACUUUUUGUUUCCGUUGAUCCUGAACGUGAUACACCUGAAUUAGUAUCAAAAUAUAUUAAAGAUUAUUCACCCCAUUUUAUUGGUUUAACUGGAACACGUGAUCAAGUUGCUGAUAUGUGUAAACAUUAUCGUGUUUAUUUUAGUCAAGGACCAAAAGUAGGUGAUGAUUAUAUUGUUGAUCAUGCUAUUGUGAUGUAUUUAAUCAAUCCAAAUGGAGAAUUUGUUGAUUAUUAUGGAAGAAAUAAGAAUGCAAAAGAAGUAGCAUAUGCUAUUGAACAACAUAUGAAUGCUUUUAAAGAAUCAAAUAAAUAG